AUGGCUCUAGUCGAAGGUGACGACGAGAUACCACAGCUUUCUGGUGACGCCCUAGCCGCGCUGAAAGAGUUUUACGGCGAGCGAGAUGCACGACAAAAGCAGUUUGAAGAGCUAAAAGGCAAAGCCGAGGAUGACUUUGAAGGGAAACUCUCAAUGGAUGCGUUUACAGAAGACUGGAAUGCAAGCCAAUUCUGGUACAGUGAUGAGACGGCUACGGUACUUGCACGACAGCUAUUGGAUGGCGCAACGGAUGAAACAUGUAUAGCGGUGGUGUCUGCGCCGAGUGCGUUUAUCCAACUCAAGAACCUGCUUAAUUCUGGCGAGGUCAAGUGCCGGCCACAGAUCAAGUUGCUGGAGUUUGACGACCGUUUUGCUGUCUUCAAGGAAUUUGUCCGGUACGACUUUGAGAAGGCAAUUCAACUACCGGCUGAAAUGAAGGGUGCAUUCGACGUCAUUAUUUGCGAUCCGCCAUUCCUUAGUCAGGAUUCUGCUCUGACCGUAAGGUGGCUAGCCAAAUCAUGGACGCAGGACUCUCUACGCCUAGUUGUGUGCACCGGAGAGCGUAUGGAGAGCCUGGUCACUGACAAGCUUUAUGGAAAGGCCGGUGCAAAGACUACAGACUAUGAAAUCAAGCAUGCUAAAGGACUGAGCAAUGAGUUCAGAUGUUAUGCCAACUUUGAGUGUGCGGCAUGGAAGUGGACAAAGUCAUGA